GAACACAAGUCUGCGUUUCCGCUUUGGGAACCCCGACAGGGAAGUAGGUGCCGCGCUAGCCUUUGACAUCUCUAUGGUGAAGGCCCGCUAGACUUGGCCUAGGAAGCGCGAGUGGGGAAAGCCAGUCAGCGGGCUCCCACGGAAACGCCCACUUUGUGUGGUUUUUGUUGUUCAGUCGCACAGUCGAGUUCGACUCUUUGCGACCCCACUUUGUGUGGUAACGCGCUGCUUUUUCCUGAGGCCCACAGAAAGGGCAGAUGACUAUCAUGGCGGCGCCCUCCGCCGCUUCAUUUCCGGAGUUCUGCCCUUCCAAAAACAAGUCUUCCGAAAAAAACAAAACGCUUUUAAAAUAGGUAGUCCUUUGUGUUGUACAGCUUUAAUCCGACGCGCUUUUUUUGCCCUCUAGUUCUUCUGAAGCAAAAGCAAAACAACAACAACAGUUUCCCCCUCUUUUUAAGGCAGCAUUUGGUUCCCCUCCAGGACCUCUAUAUUCACAUUUCCCCUUUGUCACCCCCCCCCCGCUUCUGUCAGAGAUGGUUUGUUCCAAGGAGCCGCUGGGCGGAGUGAAGCGUCACCGCCUCGGCCCGUGACGGGAAGUGAGAAGGCGAAGAGCUCUGAGGGGGAAAGAAACGGGCGAGCAACUGGAGAGCUAAAUUCUUCAUCUCAUGGAUUUCAGCUGCUUCUGAAAUGAAGAAAUUGGUCAGCGUCUGAAUGACAUUGGCUUAAUUCUGUUCUGCAGUUGCUCUGCUUACAUUCUCGGUAUAAGAAAAGAUUUGUAGCUGUAAUAAUGUCUGCUCAUCCAAAAAGCUACAAUCCGUUUGAUGAUGAUGAAGAUGAGGACUUGAAGCCAGUGAAGUGGAACGAGAGAAAUGAUGAUUCCGAUGACCCUGCUGAAAGGCAGCGCAGGGAAGCUGCAGAUAAGCAGAGGCAUCUACAGCAAGAAGUUCUGAGGCGAUCCCAGGCCACUGUGGAUAGCACUCAUCGGUCACUCUCCCUCAUUUAUGAAUCUGAACAUGUUGGAGUAGACAUGUCAGAGGAGCUUACACGGCAGGGUGAGGCUCUGAAACGUAGCGAGCGAAUGGUGGACAAAAUGGAGCAAGAUUUAAAAACCAGCCAGAGACACAUCAACAGCAUUAAGAGUGUGUUUGGUGGCCUUGUAAAUUACUUUAAAGCCAAACCACCAGAGAGCAAGCCUGAACAGAAUGGAUCAUCUGAUUACCAAGCCAGCAACAAAUUAAAAGAAGCUUUGGCAGCCAGUAAGGAACAAGAGUCAAAGUACCAGGAGAGUCAUCCAAACUUAAGGAAACUGGAUGAUCCAGACUGCAGUUCGACAGAAGCCAGUUCAGAUUCUUCUGUCCCAACAGAUAAUUAUCCCAAGAAUCAAUAUCUCCGAUCUUACCACCAGAAAAUUGACAACAAUUUAGAUGAAAUGUCCUCUGGGCUGGGCCGUCUGAAGAAUCUAGCACUCGGCUUGCAGACUGAAAUCGAGGACCAAGAUGAGAUCCUGGACCGCCUCACCACAAAAGUUGAUACUCUAGACAUCAAUAUUAAAAGCACAGACAAAAGAGUCAAACAGCUUUAAAGAGUCCCAGUCUCUGACUUCUGUACAAGACUUGCUGGAUCUUUAAAUAGACAGACAUUGUCCUGCUGUUUCAGAAAAUGUCCAUCUUUAAUGCUGUAUGUGACUGGUAUGCCUUGUAAUUAAAACAUCACCUCAAGUGCAA